AAAGGGUCGGAAAACGACCCUCGGUUGAGAGAAAUCAAAUUUGCUACGGUUGAUCAUCAUCCCGACCACAAUCCGAGCACCACGUGUCCGCCUACGAUGACAGUAGCGCGAGCUCGCAUCGCCUAAAAAUACAUCCGCAGUUGCGGGAGAACCGCGUUCGUGGAUUCUCACACACACUUCGCCGCGCUCGGCCGAGAGCCGAUCGUAAAAAAAAAAAAAAAAAAAACGAGAGUGAAAGAGAUGGAUCUGACGCGAUAUCGCAAGUUCGUUGUUUACGGACUGACGUUUCUGGCUUACGCCUGGUCCGGCUAUGGUUCCGGAUUGUUGUCGAAUCUACGGGACGCCGUGCUCGCGGCGGAGACCGUCUUUCAGGACUUCUUCGCCAACGCCAUCACCGUGGCGAGAAAGAUCAAGGAUCUACACGAGGUGUUCGACGCCGCCGUUGAGGAAAACUGCGUCUUCCGGUGUUCCGACGGAUCCACGCCAAAGCCGGACUGGUAUCACACGCCGAAAAGUAACGGAUGCGGUUCUCUCGGAAUAGAGGUAAAUCAGGAGUAUCUGCCGCUGGCCGAGAUGACCAAGUGCUGCGACUUUCACGACAUUUGUUACGACACCUGCAACACGGACAAAGAAAAGUGCGAUCUGGAGUUCAAGAGGUGUUUGUACAGAUACUGCGACGGUUAUCAGGCAACCGGUGUGACGAUGGUAAACGCGUGCAAAGCGGCGGCUAAGGUGUUGUACACGGGAACGACCGCGUUGGGUUGCAAGAGCUAUCUCGACGCUCAGAAGGAAGCGUGUUUUUGUCCGGACAAGAAAACCAAAGGCAAACCGAAGAAAGCGAAACAAGCUGGCGGAGAAAUUUAACACACUCGUGUGUAUUUAUAUAAGUACAAUUGUAAAAUAUAUUUAUAUGAAGUAUAUUUAUAUGAAGUGUAUAUAUAAA